ACAAAUUAUGGUACUUCGUAGCAAUUACUAACUCUGUUUACAAAUCGUCCGACUAAUCGCGAUUAGUUGGGCUGGUCGCCUGUAAGCGGCCGACCAGGGGGACGACGCGAUCAGAUUUCCUGGUCGUCCUAAUCGUCGCUUAAUCGUCCAAAGCGACCGAUUAGUCGUCCGAUUAGAUAGAUUCUGGUCGACCAGUGCGCGCGGGCUAAAUGUGGUUGUGCUAUUGGGCUUCAACGUUUUUUUGGCCCAGUAGCCGCAUACAUCUGUUGGCGCCCCUAAACCCUAAAUCCUCCCUGUGCCUGCGCCCCUCUCAAGUUUUUGUCCUCUGCCGGCGGCUGCUGCUCUAGCCUCCAGGUCUCUCCAGUCUCCACCAUCCACCAUCGCCGGCGGCUGCCCCUCUCAAGGUUGUCCCUGCCCCCUGCUCAUCUACAAGGCACAAGAUGAGCUCGUCAUCCGAAGGUCAUCCCUGCUCCCCUCCUUCCCCCUUGUCUGCACUCUGCAGUUUUGCAUUCUGCGCAGCACGGCAGCACGACAGUUUUGCCAAGAAUCUACAUUCUGCGCAGUCUGCCCUGGCCCUACUCAUCUAGUGUUCUAUACCUCUAUGUUCUACUGCCUUACUUCAAUAGUACUUAGCUUCAUCUCUGCCAACCAGUUUCCAUCAGCCCAACAGUAGCAUAUCUAGUGCCUAGUAUUGACUUGACCUCUAUCUGUUGACAUGUUCAGAGUUUCAUGCUGCCGGUGGACGAAGAGGUGCUGAUGUUGAGGUAUUAUUCCCCGGGUCCAAUGUGGUUGGCAGUGGCAGUGCAACUGCAAGUGAUUCUGUUCCUCCCGUGACCUCAAAUGUUGAUAGCACAGGCCCGCGUCGGCAUUAUCAGCUGCUGCAGACUCAAAAAGCCUUGCUGAAAAGGCUAUUGCAGCACUCCCUCCUGAGCUUAGUGCACAAGCAACUGACCCAAAAAGAAAGGCAAGGUCACAGGACCCAGGAUGGAAGUUUGAGUGGUGGCCAGACACAACAAAGAAGGAUUUUGUUCAGUGUAUUUUCUGUUCGAAGAUUGUUCCUUCCGGAAUCAAAAGGUUCAAGCAGCAUCUUGCCGGUGGGUUUGGUGACACCAUGAAGUGUGCUAGAGUACCAGAAUUGGUUUCAAAGGAAAUGCACAUGUAUCUAAAAAGGAACAUGAGACUUGUGAUUACUGCUAAUACUGAAGAAGGUGAAGAGGGAGAAGAGCGGAAUGAUGAAGGUCCUGAACCAAGUUCUGGGACAAAAAACAAGCAAACAAAAAAGAAAAUUGCCCAAGCUGCCAUGUCCUCAUUUCUUGUAUCUGCUCCUCCAAAACCAAGUACCCAGAAGGCAAGCAAAUCAGUGAGUGUCAUGCUCUGCAAGACUCCAGAAGUAGUUGCAGAGAGGCAUAAAAACAAAACUUCUCAGUCCACCCUUGAGCACUGCACAAAGAAAGGGACACAAGCACAGCAAAUUGUUGACGACCAUGUAGCUGAUUUUCUGUAUGAGAACAAGAUUCCAUUGAAUGUCGUAAACUCAAGAAGUUGGAAGAUUAUGUUGGAGUCUAUUGGUCAGUACGGUCCUGGAUAUCAUGGCCCAUCGUAUCAUGAGGCUAGAGUACCUUGGCUUGAAAGGGCAGUGAAGAGAACAUCGACAUUGAGAGAUAAGCACGAAGAGGCUUGGAAGGAAUAUGGUUGCUCAAUUAUGUCAGAUGGGUGGACCGACACAAGACAACAUCAUUUGAUCAACUUCCUUGCCAACAGUCCAGCAGGGACAUACUUCCUAGGUUCUGUUGAUGCAUCAAGUGAGGUAGCAAAUGCCAAUAUGUUGGCAGAUCUGUUGGAGAAGCAAAUAAUGAAGGUGGGCAAAGAACAUGUUGUCCAGGUGGUAACUGACAAUGGAGCCAAUUUCAAAGCAGCAGGGCGGAUCCUAAUGGACAGAAUUCCCCAUCUGUUUUGGACUCCUUGUGCAGCACAUUGUUUGGAUCUAUUGUUGGAGGAUAUUGGCAAGAUCAAGGAGUUCAACACUUGCAUCAAUAUGGCAAAGAAGGUUUCGAGGUUCCUAUACAAGCAUGGGCGACUUCACAGCCUAAUGAGAGAAAAGCUAGGCGGGGACCUUGUUAGGCCGGGUGUCACUAGAUUUGCAACAUCAUUCUUGACUUUGGCAAGCAUGUACAAGCAUAAGAAUAGAUUACAGGGCUUGUUUGUUAGUGAUGAAUGGAAUGGCUCUAAGUUUUCCCUACUUCAGGAAGGUGUACAAGCUGAAAAUAUUGUCCUUUCUGUAUCAUUUUGGCAAACUCUUGAAAAUUGUCUACGGGCUUCACAACCUCUUCUCAUUGCUUUAAGGAUUGCUAACGGUGAUGAGACGCCAGCAGCUCCAGAGAUAAUGGCAGCUAUGGACAAAGCAAAAGCCACCAUACAAGAGUCACUGAAAGAGAAGCCAAGAUUACUAGCUGAAGUCAUCUCAUGCUUUGAGAAGAGGUGGGAAACUCAGAUGGAGCAGAAACUAUAUGGGGCAGCCCUUUAUUUGAAUCCAGGUAAAUUCUUUACCUUGAGGGAGAAAGACAGAAGGCAAGCUGCAAGACUUAGAGCUAUGUUCAAUGAUGUUUUGUGGAAGAUGGUCGGUGAUGAGGAUGAGCAAACAAAGAUUAGUAAACAGGCAGAUGACUACGAAAGAUCUGAAGGGGAAUGCUUUUCAAAGGCAGGAGCAAUAAGAGAAAGAGAGAAAAAAGUCCUAGUAAGUAACUGAUUUUUGCAGUUAUAAGCUUAUAGCAUUUUUUAAUUUGUUUCCCUGUUUGGAAGUCUAAAACUGACCUAAAAAUUGUUGUGUAACAGUCCUAUGGUGGGGUGCAUAUGGAGGACUGGCAUAUGAACUACAAAGCCUAGCAAAAAGGGUUAUAAGCCUCUGUUGUGCAGCUUCUGGUUGUGAGAGAAAUUGGUCAGACUUUGCAGCAGUCCAUACAAAAAAGAGGAACCGACUAGAACACCAGAGGCUUAAUAAAUUGGUCUAUGUCAGUUACAACAGAAAUAUGGAAAAUAGGUUUCGAACAAUAAGGGAGAUGGGAUCCAAGGGAAAAAAAGCAACCCACUGGUGCUUGAAGAGUUUAUGUGGGAAAAUGAAUGGGUUGAAGAAAAUAAUGAAGCUGAUGGUGAUAGCAGCAUAUGACAUGCUGUGGAUGAGGCAUUAGGGGCAACUCAUGCUCUCCAAGGCAGAAAUUUGCCAACAUUAGCUGUUGCAGGUGCUGCUUCAAGUUCUCGGCCUCAACAAACCUAUGUUAGGACAAGGAAGCGUUCAAGAAAUGCAGCAGCACAAGAUAUUGGAGAAGAUGAUAGUGAUGCUCAAGAAGAUGGUAAUGCUACAGCAGAUGCAGAAGAACAACAAGAACAACCACUAGAAGCAACUAGAGAUAUGGACCAAGAUGAAUCUGAAUCUGGAGGAGGGAAAGCUGCUGCUAAUGCUUUUUGCUUGGAUGCUGAUCUGCUCUAGGUAGCAGACUAGCAGGUACUCUAUAUGGUUUCACACUUUCACUUAUGUUGCAUUCCUUCCAAUUGAAAGCUGCUACUGUUAUAUUUCAGUAAUUCAGUUCCAAACUUCCAAUUUCAUUUCAGUUCUAUAUGGCUUAUAUGCCUAGAAAUACAUAUAUACAUAUAUAUAUGGCUUAUAUGCCUAGGAAUAUACAUAGGACGACUAGGAACCACCAGAGGCCGACCAGAACCGAUUAGUCGUCCGAUUAGUCGCCCUAAUCGCGAUUAGGCGCCUGGUCGGUCCUGUCGGUCGACUAGCUGGUCGCCCGACUUGAAAUCAGUGAUUACUAACGUUUAAAACCAACAAAUAACAUUUUCUUUUAUUGUUAGCGUGACAAAUCUAUAAGUGCAAUCAACCCUAA